GGGAACCAAACGCCCCCGUCUCUCCACAGCCGUGCGUGUGCCAACCACCCGCGGCCGCGGCAUCCCCUUCCGACUCUACCAACUGGGACUCCACGCGGGCAGCGGCCACAGCCUGGCCCGGAGGCCAACGCCCUCUUCAGCCCGGAGGCCACCGCGCCUCGCCACCUACCCUGCCCUCCCGCUCCCAGCCAUGCGCCGCACCCCGCGCUCGUGACCCAUGGCCUCGCUCUCCGUCCCGCCCACGCUUCCGCGGGCCUCGCCCGCCUCGGUGAGGGCAGCGGUGGCGGCGAAGGGAAGCAGGGCCGCGGUGCGAGUGCGCACUGCCGCCGCGGCAUUGGGCGGAGGAGGAAUGGAACAGCACCACGGGGACGCCCCGCGCAGCCCAGCAGUGAAGGAGAAGCCGGUAAUGGCAAACAUUGGGAAAACAACUAACAUUCUAUGGGAUAAUUGCCCAAUUGGACAACCUGAUAGACAGAAGUUGCUGGGACAAAAAGGAUGUGUCAUUUGGAUCACAGGACUCAGUGGUUCAGGGAAAAGUACUGUUGCAUGUGCACUGAGUCGGGAAUUGCAUUACAGAGGCCACCUUACGUAUGUCCUUGAUGGUGACAACCUCAGACAUGGCCUAAAUCGAGAUUUAAGCUUUAAGGCAAAAGACUGUGCAGAAAAUAUCCGAAGAGUUGGUAUUUAUGGAUCUGCCGCUAGAAAUUUGUGAAGCUCAUGAUCCUAAAGGUUUAUACAAGCUUGCACGCUCGGGAAAGAUUAAAGGUUUUACUGGAAUUGAUGACCCAUAUGAACCACCGGUGAAUGGUGAGAUAGUAAUUAAGAUGAAAGAUGGGGAAUGUUCUUCACCUUCUUCACCCAAAGCAAUGGCUAAGCAAAUCCUUUGCUACCUUGAAGAGAAGGAUAUUUGCAAGCUUAGCUCAUAUCGAGAAGAUUGAUCUGAUCCUUGUGUGUCCAUUACUCGUGGACACAAGUAUGAUCCAUUGGUCCAGAAUAAGAGGAAGCAACAUGCAGCGAGCAACAGAAGUGCCUUUCAUUCAGAAAGGGGUACAAAUUCAUUCGUUUUAUUGUUGAGGUUACUUGUUUCUUGUGUCUUGUUCUAGGAUAACUGAAAUUCAUUGGCUUCAGUAUGCAUUUCGGUAAAAGGUUGCAUGAGUUGUGUUCACUGUUUGUGUAUGUUUGUCUGUUUGUGAGUUGUAGAGAACCGAGUGAUAGUUUUGUUGGCAGAGCUUUCAAUUGAGAGGCGGUUCACUCAGGCUCGAACCAGGAGCUCGCAAAAAGGUGGGUAGCUCCCUGAGAAUUGGUUUUAGUGAGUUUCUUGGUCAGCUAGGAUUUAUUACGCCCCUCCUGUAAGUCCGUUCCCAUUAGUUUCUUGGUCCUUUCCAUUCCGUGGUCGAGUUUUUUUUGUUUGCAAGUUGUAUUGUUGUUGGUAAUAUAUUUGAUACAUAUCAGUAAAUACGAAUAAAUCGUACAAUUUAUACAGUACUAUUUCUAGUU